CCGACCGACACGUCGACGAGUACCUCCGUACGCCGUCCCCGUGCAAGCUCCAUGAACCCCCGACUUCGACCAGUCUGACCAGUUCAGAUCUCGGGUUGUGAAGAAAACAAAUCCCCCAAAAAUGAACCCACACAUCUCCGUCCCCCGCCAACAUGCCGGUCCGGCCAAUUUUGGGUCUACGCCCAGUCGCGGGUCCAACGUUCGCAUGCCGCGCUUCUUCAAGAGACUCUUCAAGUUCCCGCAGAUGGACUUUGAAAUGGCGAUUUGGGAAAUGACCUCCUUGUUGAUUGCGCCGAAGAAGGUCUUCAAAUCCAUAUACUACCAUAAACAAACGAAAAACACAUGGCACCGUCCCGACCCGUCCUUCACAUACCUCCUCUCCUUCUUCCUCCUUCUUACCGCAUUCGCCUGGGGCCUAGCAUACACCCACUCCUUCGGUUCCAUAAUCCGCCUCUCCUUCCUCUUCAUUUUCGUCCACUUCAUCGGCUCCUCCCUCUUGAUAUCUACAAUCGGCUACUUUGCCAUCGGCCGACUCUUCGGUCCCAACGGCGCCGCCGCCUCCCUGACCGGUCUCCGCGGCUCACGCGCCCGUCGUCGCGGCGCAGCACAAGGCCUGUUCGCGCAACCGGGUGAAAAGGAGCAACUCGAAUUCGGAUACUGCUUCGACGUCUCGAACCGAGCAUUCUUCCCGCUAUACUUGCAUCUCUACGUCGUGCAGUUCUUGCUCCUCCCGUUGUUGACCCGCUCGCCGAGUGAUUUCCUGGCGACUUUCUUGGGGAAUUCGUUGUAUCUGUCCGCUUUCAUCUAUUACACGUAUAUCACCUUUUUGGGAUAUAAUGCAUUGCCCUUCUUGCAUAACACGGAGCUUUUGUUGGUGCCCAUUCUGGUUUUUGCGGUGCUGUGGUUGGUCACCUUGAUUGCCGGGUGGGGGGUCGUGAUGCAGGGCCACGGUGUCGAGGGGUUGUUCUGGGGUGUUCCCGAUACGAAAGGGUGAACCCUUUCGUCUAGUCGGUUGGUGCCGUCUUGACCUGGGGGGUUUGCUUGGUACGUUUCUCUGGCCGACCCCCCGUGUAUGAAUUUUUUUCUUUUCUUUUUCAUUUCCAGCUGUUCUCUUGGCUAUGCAUUUGAAAAAUGUUCGCAUCUGUUUGUUUUUCGAGGGAAGGGCGUCUGUACAUGAUCUUCUUGUUUCUCCCAUUGCCCCCAUCUAUAAGACCGGGCAUCUUGUCUUCUUGGCGUGUGAUAUAGACCCAAAUAUCAGAUUUCCAUCUUUGCAAAAGUUAAUACAAUUUCAC